AUGUUCGCAAAACUUAGUCACUGUCUCCUUCAACGAAUUGGUUCUGGAUCAUUUGGAGAUGUUUCGAUGGUAUCGCUCCCCGGAAACUCCCAGCUUGUAGCUAUGAAAAAAGUGAGACGAACCGAAAAAGUCACCUUCGAGCAAAUCGACAAUGAGUACAACAUUCAUCGAUUUUUGACAGAAAACGAUGGCCACCCGAAUCUUGUCACUUUGCUUGCACGUGGUGAUGGAAAAAGAUCUACUUACAUGUACAUGGAGUAUGUCGAGGGUGGCACCGUAUCCAGUAAUAUGCCGAAAUCUGGAUAUCCCGCAUCCACUGCGCAGCGUCUCUUCAAACAGCUCAUUAAUGGAAUCGAGUAUGUGCACAAGAAGGGGUUCGUCCAUAGAGACAUCAAGCCGGACAACCUGCUUCUGAGUUCUAAUGGCGUUCUGAAAAUCUGCGAUUUCGGAUUCGCCUGCUCUUUCCGUGACGAAGCUGGAAAAGAGCUCAAACUUGACGAACGUGUUGGAACAGAAGAAUACGCCGCCCCGGAGGUUUCAACAGAGGAUGAAUUCGAUGGUCAACCCACAGAUUGGUGGUCGUGCGGCGUAACUUUGUUCUACAUGACAAUUGGAUCGGCGCCAUGGAAAAGUGCUCAUUGGUCGGACCCUGCCUACAAUGACUGGAGAAAUACGAACUGGAGUGCUCGUGAGAAUUGGAGAUCUCUGGAACCGAGAGUCCGUGACCUCCUAUGCAAAAUCCUUGUUGAGAAUCCAGAGCUUAGAGCUAAUCUGAAGGGCAUUCAAAGUCACCAAUGGUUCACUGCCAAUCAAGACGAACUGGCAAAUUCUUCUGCUCAGCCAACAAUCGAAUGUGAUAGACAGGAUGAAUCCAGAAAUAAUUUGAAUGCUGAUACUGACUCAACCGGUUCUGUGUUGUUUCUGCGAGAAGUCGAAAAGAGCAGUUCGGUUGUGUUUCUCAAAACUGUCAAACAAAGCGGAUCAAUAAUUUAUGUGAAAAUGGUCAAUGCUGAGACUGCUCAGUCACUGCUUCCGAUCAAUUUAUCUGAAAAUUUGGAGAAAAAGACGGCUCGAAAGGGACUCAAACGUAAAAUUAUCGAAUAUGGUGACAAGGAUGUGGAUUCGAAGCAGAGAAACAUUGCAUAA